CAGGAAAAGUUCAAGCGGCCCAAGAUGGCGGCCGCGGCUGCUAGCGGGCAAACCAAGUCGAGCCUGAGCUAAGCCGAAGAACCCAGCCUGCCAGCGAGCGACUUCCAUGCCUUUGCACGCUCCGCGGACGUGCCGGUCUUCCCGGAGCCGCUGGGAACGUUGUCUGUGAGCCCCGAGCCCCAUGGCGUCCACUCAAGGCCGGCUAGGCCAGCAGGCCUUGGCGGUGCUCGAUGUGGCUCUGCGGGUACCCUGCAUCUUCAUGAUCGAUGCCAUCUUCAACUCGUAUUACGAGCCCGGGCCGGGAUGGGCCUCUACCGUUGGGAGCGUCUUGUUCCGAGUCGUGGGCGUGCUGGUCUCCGGUGUUGUGCUGCUGCUGUCCCAGAAGGCCUUGUUCAAAUUCUACACCCUCUUCCUGGCGGUGGUCCUGGGCGCGGCCGCCGUCCUGGUCAACUACCACGCCACCUCGCACGUGGACUUUUACGGCGCCUACUCCAAAGUGGCGCUGGGCCUGCGUCCACAGGCCCGCAGCGGGCCGGCGCUGUGGCUGGGCCUGGCCACUGUGCAGCUGGCGUUCGGCGUGGGUUACGUCUUCCUCUUGGGCCUGCGCUCGUCACUGGCCGCCCUUGUGGUCCUGGAUGUGAUGGUGCCCGUGUGGGGGCUGAUGAUGGACCUGCCCCCGGACGUGCGGCGGCUGGUGGCCGUCUUCUCGGGCGCCGCCCUGGCCCUCAACACGGCCGCCUGCCUGGCCCUGCGCCUCAGAUGGUUCUACUACUCGUGUCGCUACGUCUUCCUGCUGGUGCGACACAUGUACCGCAUGUACGGCCUGCAGCUACUCCUGAAGGACACCUGGAAGAGGAUCCGCUUCCCGGAUGUGUUGCGGGUCUUCUGGUUGACCCGCGUCACGGCCCAGGCACUCAUCCUGGUCUACGUGGUUCAGGCGGUGCGGAGGGAAAGCGGCGACGCCACCGGCGGCUACGCCGACCGCAGCUCCGACCCGCGGGGUUACCUCCUGAGCUGGGACGUGUUGUGGGACGUGAGCAGCAACCUGAUCAUCUCCGGCUGCGACUCUACCCUCACCAUCCUGGGCAUGAGCGCCGUUAUCUCGUCGGCGGCGCAUUACCUGGGCCUCAGCAUCCUCACCUUCAUCGGUUCAACGGAGGAGGAGGAUAAACGUUUGGGCUUCGUGGCGCCGGUGCUGUUCUUCAUCCUGGCCCUGCAGACCGGACUCAGCAGUCUGGACCCCGAGGAGCGCCUGGUGCGUCUGAGCCGCAACAUGUGCCUCCUGCUGACGGCCAUCCUGCACUUCAUCCAAGGGAUGACGGACCCGGUGCUGAUGUCGCUCAGCGCCUCGCACGUCUCCUCCUUCCGCCGCCACUUUCCCGUGCUGCUGGUGUCGGCGGCGCUCUUUGUGCUGCCCGUUGUGCUCAGCCGCGCCCUGUGGCGCCACUACAUCAUCAACACCUGGCUCUUUGCCGUCACGGCCUUCUGCGUGGAGCUCUGCCUCAAGGUGCUGGUGUCGCUGACCGUCUACGGACUGUUCAUGGCGGACGGCUUGUCAGACGCGCUGUGGGAGAAGCUGGACGACUACGUGUACUACGUGCGCUCGGGCGGCAACGUCAUCGAGUUCCUCUUUGGCGUGGUGAUGUUCGGCAACGGCGCCUACACCAUGAUGUUCGAGUCGGGCAGCAAGAUCCGUGCCUGCAUGAUGUGCCUGCACGCCUACUUCAACAUCUACCUGCAGGCGCGCAACGGCUGGAAGACCUUCAUCAACCGCCGCACGGCCGUCAAGAAGAUUAACUCGCUGCCCGAGCUGCGUGGCGAGCGCCUGCGCCGCAUCGAGGACGUCUGUGCCAUCUGCUACCAGGACUUUGCCACCUCAGCACGCAUCACGCCAUGCCACCACUACUUCCACGCUCUGUGCCUGCGCAAGUGGCUCUACAUCCAGGACACCUGCCCCAUGUGCCACCAGAGGGUCAACGUGGACGACGCCCAGCACAGGGACGCCUUCUCUAAUAAUAAUGGGGGCUACGCGGCAGCGCCGCCAGAGGCCCCAGCCGCGCCACCCCCGGGACAGAACCCACCAGCCGAGGCGCGGCCCGUCAACGGGCCGGCAGCAGCCGCUGCGGCGGCGGGCGCAGCAACGGCGGGACUGGACCUCGAGCUGUUAGAGGACAACGACAGCAUAGAGUACGACAAUGAUGACUGGGGUGUGCAAAACGGCGGCACGCCUGUGGAGGAAGAGUAUUUGAACGACGACACCGACACCACGGACGACUGAGGGACGUCUCGGAGUUGGGCUUCAGCUUCUUCAUUCAACAUGUCAGGGAUGAGCUUCAGUUCGGGGGAAAAAUCCGCGUCGUACUCGGCGAUGCGCGGCGCGCUCCCUCUCGUCCGUUCAGUGCCGAGCUGAGGCGUGUGAUGAGCCGCCACUGGUCUCUUGUGCGACCGUGCCUACAUUUAUGUACGUUCUUGUACAUGGGAUUGAAGACGCGUGCACACACGAGUGCUGAGUCGGCAUCUUUUAAUUCGGAUCCCAAUUAAAAGCACUUUUUGCAGACGCUGAAACCAACACAAAUCGUCGCACACGAUUAGCGAGGUUUGGACCGGACCUUGCCUUUGAGCACAAGUUGUCAACGCUGCUGUACAAGAAUAACUUUGGGAAGGCACAUGUCCACCUUUCCCUUUUGCCUGG